AUGCAGCUGUUUGUCCGUGCCCGGGAGCUGCACACUCUUGAAGUGACCGGCCUGGAGACAGUUGCCCAGAUCAAGGCUCAUGUGGCCUUCCUGGAGGGCCUCACCACUGAAGACAAAGUCGUGCUUCUGGCAGGUUCUCCCCUGCAGGAUGAAGCCACCCUGGGUCAGUGUGGGGUAGAAGCCCUGGCAACCCUGGAAGUGGUUGGCCGAAUGCUAGGAGAGCAGCAGCCCAGCUUCAUCCUGCAGCAGUUGGGGGAGCUGGGCCGGGAACAGAGAAACAGCUGGGGCGAGGAAGGAGAACUCUCCAUUGCUUCCAGUGGGGCUCGGCAGGCCUAG